AAAGAAUUGGUAGGCUAAAUAUAGGCCAACAAGUCAUACAACGAGGUUGUUUUAGAUCUUAAGCCACCAGCCUCUCAGCCAAGUCUUGGAUUGCAGUGCUGUUACUGUACAAUGAUCAAUGAGUCAAAAAUACACAGUUCCCAAAAGAAAUUCCCGGACAACGUGCGUGCUCUUCCGAGUGCCAGGAGGUCCACGAAUCAGAUCCACCGCCGUGUUCGUUUCUCUGUUCAUAGUAGUACAGCUGAACGCAUAAACGAUGUCCCCGUGGCUCACGCCAACCGAGAGGGAAGAGCUUAGUUCACUCAAUUAGAUCCAUUUCUUGUUUUCUCUUGCGCUGGCAGCGGGCGAGCGACGAGACGGAGGACAGCAAAGACCGUCGGAGGGAUGUAUACCAAACAUAGGCAGAAAAACGGACAGAUUUCUUCGACACGAUAUGUGGUUGUGAUGCUAUCCGUUUUCCUGUGUAACGGCUUACUGGAAAUUGUUGGCGGAAAUCCUUGGGAAGAAGUGGAGCACAAGGGGCAGAGAGUGGCGGCACACUGGAUCUCUCACAACACAAUACAACAGGAGGAUGGAACGACAUUUAAGGACCAGUUUCCAGAAAGGGGGGAGAUAUUGGUCUCAGCCCAGGACUUGAAUCUGAUUCUUGAAGUUGAACGGAAUCGGGAACUACUGGGUGACGACUUCUCUGAGACUCACUAUGAGAAUGGCCUUCCCAUCACCCAGACAAACAAUCACACAGAUCAUUGCUUCUAUCACGGGAAGGUCAGGGGUCAUACAGAUUCUUGGGUCGCUCUGAGCACAUGUUUGGGAAUGAGAGGCCUGAUUGUAUUGAACUCAAAUGACACAUUCUACCUGGAGCCGAUAGGAGGACAGGAGGUUCUCCACCACACGUUCUAUCGCACUGAACACCUGCCAAUCAAAAGCGGCACCUGUGGACACGGCCAUCAGACUGGACACCUGAGCCCGUUCGGUGGUCACCUUAAACCUUUGCAUCAAAGGGUUAGACGAAAUGUCUGGGGUACUACUAAGUACAUGGAACUGUAUAUAGUAGCUGACAACACACUGUUCAGAAAGCAAAACAAGGACCUGCAAAAAACUAAAGAGAGGAUAAUGGAAAUUGCUAAUUAUGUAGAUAAGUUUUACAGAAACUUGAACAUUCGUGUACCUCUGAUCGGUUUAGAGGUUUGGACAGAACACGAUCAGUGCAUCAUCAAUGAGGAGCCAAACUCAACACUCUGGUCCUUCCUUCAGUGGAGACAGAAACUGAAAUCCCGCAAGAAACAUGACAAUGCACAACUGCUCACUGGUGUGCUUUUCAAAGGUACAACUAUUGGCAUGGCGCCGCUGGAGGGAAUGUGUAGUCACGAGAACUCGGGCGGCAUCAACGUGGAUCAUUCGAAAUUGGCCAUUGGGGCGGCUGCCACCAUGGCACAUGAGAUCGGCCAUAACUUUGGCAUGAGCCACGACCAUGAAGGUUGUUGUGUGGAAGCCACUGCUGAGCAGGGUGGAUGUGUGAUGGCAGCUGCCACAGGAGAUCCAUUCCCGAAAGUUUUCAGCCGAUGUAGCAAAAAAGACCUGGACAACUACUUCCAGAAGGGAGGCGGGAUGUGUCUCUUCAACAUGCCCAACAUGAAGGAUUUGGUCGGGGACAAAAAGUGUGGAAACGGCUUUGUAGAGGACGGGGAGGAAUGUGACUGCGGAGAACCGGAGGAGUGCACCAAUGACUGCUGCCAUCCCAGCAAUUGCACUUUGAAGGCAGAUGCGCAGUGUGCCCACGGGGUCUGCUGUGAGCACUGCAAGCUGAAGCAGGCCGGCACCAUGUGCCGUGGACAGGCUGGCGCAUGCGAUCUACCAGAAUACUGCACAGGAGGUUCGCCCUACUGCCCCGCUAAUGUUUACCUGCUGGACGGAUCGUCCUGUCAGUACGGUCGUGCCUACUGCUACAAUGGCAUGUGUCUGACCCAUGAGCAGCAGUGCCUGCAGUUAUGGGGCUACGGUGCACAGCCAGCGCAUGAUGCCUGCUUUCAGGAUGUGAACGCGGCAGGAAACGCCUUUGGAAACUGUGGCAAGGACAGUCAUGGCAACUAUCUGAAGUGUGAGAAAAGAGAUGCCAAAUGUGGCAAGAUACAGUGUCACAGUGCUGCCAAGAAGCCAAAGGGCACCAAUGCUGUGUCCAUAGACACCACCAUUCGCACAGAUAACAGCGAGUUCAAGUGCCGGGGCACGUAUGUUUACAGCACUCAGGAUGGAGAGGGCGAUCUCCAGGACCCUGGACUGGUCAUGACUGGCACCAAAUGUGGAGAGCGGAAGGUGUGCAGGAACCGUCGAUGUCAAAACGCCUCUUUCACCGAGUUAGAAACCUGCAUCGCUCGCUGCCACGGGCAUGGGAUGUGUAACAGUAACGGGAACUGUCACUGUAACCGUGGGUGGGCCCCACCCUACUGUGAGAAACAAGGACUGGGUGGCAGUGUGGAUAGCGGUCCUAUACAGUACGAAAGUCAGGUGGGAUUGGUUGUUGGGCUGCUCUUUGCCUUUCUAGUGCUUCUCCCCGCUGUACUUACCGCUUUCUACUGCAUCAGGAUAAAAACCUCCUACUUCCACAAGUGGAGAACACAGAGAGAAAAGAGGAAAGCGAGCAGAAAUGAAGUCUCCACUGAAAAGGGGAAGAAUGGACACCUAAACCAUGCUUUCCAUCUAAAGGUGGUUGGGCCAUCAAACAGAAGUGCUAACCUUAAGCUACCUCACACCAGUAAGGAGGUGCUUCCUCUGAGGCCAAACCCAGUCUCCAACGGCACCCAGCCAGUUAAUAUUGUCCGUCCUCUUCGACCGGCUCCUUCUCCAUCCCUGAGCUCCGCAAAAGGAUCUCGUCCUCCCCCGCCUGUUUUCAAGCCACCCAACUCCCCCAGCAAACCCAAAUCUGUAGCGUCACCUCAGAAACUCAGUCCGCCCAAGAAGCCUCUGCCUCUGAACCCUUCACGUUCUCCACUGAUGGCAUCAAAACAACAGACCAGACCCCCUUCCACACCUCCCAAGAGGCCACUUCCUCUCAGUCCUGCACGUGGAGCAAAACCCAAAGCCUCCAGUGGGGGACUCCUGGUGAUGAUGCCCCCUGCAGUCAGCCCAAAGCCAAUGGGAAUGGUCACCGCCGUCCCCCCUCUGAGGGCUCUCCGGCCUGUUUCAAGACCCAAACCACUCAUAGUUCCAUCGCCUUUCCGAAAAUGACCCUCGAUUCAUUUUUGAAGACUGCAGUCAGCCUAUUUGCACUAUAUAAGGACCCUUGAAGACUGGUACUAUUGAGCUGUUUUAACAAGCAAUGGAAAAGCUUGGUUCUGGGUCCACAGAGGGGUCUGUGAAUGGGUCCGUAAAUGAGCCCUUGAUAGCUGAUGUUUAAAAACACAGCACAGACAUGACGCGGUUUUGCAUGGAAACAGAUGCAAACUUAGACAGGACUUUUCGGAUAGACCAUCACAUUGCCAAAUUUUUGACGUUUUCUCACUUAGCAAUUUUUUGUACUUUGUUUUGUGCAUCUGUCUUGUUUACAUUUUUUAUUUUAUUUGUGCCAAAGAUGUUUUGUUAAAUUCCCUGAUUGUUUCAUUACUGUGCUGUACGAUAAUUUGUGUUUGGUACAUUAAAUAAUAAUGUUAUAAGUUUUUAGUAAAGACA